CGGGCGCGCAGCAGGGCCGCGCCGGGGCUCGCGGAGCGGCGGCGGAGCGGGGGGCCGGCGGGGCUGGGGUCGCCCCGGGGGUCGGCGCGCCCUUCCCGCCGGGAAUGUCCGCGCCUCGCGGCCUCCGAGCAGCACGCGGCGCCCGCCGGCCGGGCCUCUGACAGGGCCGCCGGGUCGGGGCGGAGGGCUGCGGGCCCCGCGCCUCCGCAGCAGCGCGGCCGGCGCCGGGCCAGGAGGAUGCGCGGCGCCGGGCUCUGAAGCAUGGAGGGGGUUCUGUACAAGUGGACCAACUAUCUCACAGGUUGGCAGCCUCGAUGGUUCGUUCUAGAUAAUGGAAUCCUGUCGUACUAUGACUCACAGGAUGAUGUGUGCAAAGGGAGCAAAGGGAGCAUAAAGAUGGCCGUGUGCGAGAUUAAAGUCCACUCGGCAGACAACACGAGGAUGGAAUUAAUCAUUCCAGGAGAGCAGCAUUUCUAUAUGAAGGCAGUGAAUGCCGCCGAGAGACAGAGGUGGCUGGUCGCCCUUGGGAGCUCCAAAGCGUGUUUGACUGACACAAGGACUGCAAAAGAAAAAGAAAUAAGCGAGACCAGUGAAUCUCUGAAAACCAAAAUGUCUGAACUUCGCCUCUACUGUGACCUCCUCAUGCAGCAGGUUCAUACAAUCCAGGAGUUUGUCCACCAUGAUGAGAACCACUCAUCUCCCAGUGUGGAGAACAUGAAUGAAGCCUCUUCCCUUCUUAGUGCCACCUGUAAUACAUUCAUCACAACCCUCGAGGAAUGCGUGAAGAUAGCCAACGCCAGGUUUAAGCCUGAGAUGUUUCAACUGCCUCAUCCGGAUCCCCUGGUUUCUCCUGUGUCUCCUUCUCCUGUUCAGAUGAUGAAGCGUUCAGCCAGCCACCCUGGUUCCUGCACUUCAGAGAGGAGCAGCUGCUCCAUCAGAGAACCAGCAUCUUCCCUUCACCGACUUCCUCAGCGACGCUGCAGAACCUACUCGGACACAGACUCUUGUACUGACGUUCCCCCUGAAGACCCAGACAGACCUCUUCACUGUUCAGGAAACUCACUUAAUGGGGAUUUGGCAUCAGCAACCAUUCCUGAAGAAAGCAGACUUAUGGCAAAGACGCAAUCUGAAACUGAAGAACCUCUUCCACCCUUCUCCUGAGGAGGCGGACGUGCCCAGCUUCCUCUGAGUGUUGCUAUGCAAAAGCUGCUGUAACCACACUUGUUCUGGGGUAGCUUCCCCUCUCCUUAGGAUCUCUCUGCACUUUAUAGAAUAUUGUAAACAAACAGCCCACAUACUUUUGAAGUGUAUUUUAUCUUUCUAUAGUUUACUUGCAAGAGUAUUUUCCUAAUAACUUCACAGUAUGAAUGUGCAUCUUUUUUUUUUUUUUUUUAAACAAAUGAUGGUGUAACAUUUUGACAUCCAUAAGGACAAAUGUAGAUAUUUUUCUAAAAAACUGUGAGGGACUGACAGCUUGGUCAGUGUGUAUUGUAGUAUAUGAACAUGAAAUCUCGCCACGUUUGUUUGACAGAAAUGUGAUAGAUGUACCUUGUGCCAUGGACCAAAAGGUCACUUCACCCCACCUUGAACUUAAUUACCUUAGCAGCUUGAUGGUGAUUGUAUCAUAUUUCUUUUAGCAAAAAGGAAACACCUAAUACUCUAAAGGUCUUUAGCCCAAAUACCGUGACAUACUGAGCAUCUAAAAAAAAAUCAGAUUCUGCUGUCCUUCCGUAUGUGAAGUUGACACUACUGAUUUGUCGAUACCAAACAUCAGGUUACAGUAUUUAAUUUUUAUUUAUUCUUUUCUUACUUCAUCAGAAGAUGGUUAUGUGCUAACUCGUAUGACCUCCCCAGUUUAAGAUGUAUACCCAUUGUUGUUAUUUACAUUGUUCAGGCUAAGAGAGGCAGGUGUCUCGGUGACCUUGUUAACUUGCACCAGAGAAAUAAAUGGCUUUCAAUGGAAGAGGAUUUUAGUGCUUUUUUAAAGCUGCUGUUGUAAGGUAUCAUUUGCAGCUCUUUGGCAUAUCUAGAGACAUUUUUAAUUUAUGAAUAUUUAUACAAAAAAGUAAUUCUGUCAAGAUGACUGUUCUAUAUAUCACUUGAGAAUGGCAUUAUUUAAUUAAAGAACAAUUUGCAUUGUUUUGGUAGUGCCUGUCAUAUCUCUUCUCAUGUUUGCCCUGUAAUCUGUUUUUCUUUAAAAUCACUUUGAGGUGAUGAUUUUAUCCCAGAGUUUGAAUGAGCAGCACUUUAACAAAAAUUGGCUCCAUGUUUUUAAGUUAGUCAUAUUUAAUAAACACGUGAUUUUUACAUUCAAAUUCAUCAUAAAAUAAUACAUUGUAUAUCUUACAUUCAUUGAUAUUCUGUCUAGUCUUUAUUAAAUGACCUUAGUGUUCUUUAUUGAUUUUGUUUCAGUGUUCAAGCCCAAAGGUGAACAUAUAUCAGCCCUCCGUUUAGCUUAUAUUUCCUCUCAGUUUAGAAUGGGAGCCGAAUCUUUAGGAAACGUUUGGUAUUUACUUUUCCCUAAGUUUAAAAUGAUUAGGCACGUGUCUGUUUAGAUAAACUGCUUCUAAAAGUGCUUGUUGUCUUCAAUAGCAAAUGGGUCAUUAGAGCAUUCUGUGUUCAGUGGAGUUGACCCACUCAUAACUUGCAUUUCAGUUUGGAAAAAAUUGAUGACAUAGUAAGUUUUCAUUCUGAAUGUGUGGUCAGUCUUUGUUUCUUUUCUAAAACCAUACGACUUGCAGAUUGUGCUGUUCCCGAUGUUUUUUGUUUUGUUUUGUUUUUUGUUGUUGUUCUUUUUUUUUUUUUUUUUUUUUUUUUGGUACUUGUUUCCCUUUACUGCAAUAGGCUUAUAACGAAAGUACUAUAACAAGCUUCUGCAUUUGUAGAAAUAUAGGAAACUUCAUUUUCUGUUGCUUUAGCUGAACAGACAAGUUUGGGAAUGAUUUCUUUGUAAAUGUUUUAAAAAUAAAAUGCAAUCAUUUUUAGUUUGCA